AUGAGAGGAGGGAGAAUCGUUCGAUAUUUGGCAGAGCACCGACAAUUAUGUUAUCAAAAACCCCCACCUGUAAACAUACUUUUACCAGAAGCGGUGAACGAGAGCGCCAAAGAACAAAGAGGACCCAUUGAUGAAUUGCAUCCCACCAUAAAUACUCACUCCUAUUACCACAAGGACUACUGGAUGGAAUACAUAGUCCUCCUGUAG